AGACUUUGAUGGCUGUUUCGGGAAUGCCUUCUGCCAAAGCGCUCGUUGCUGCGAGCGAGCCCGUGCGAGUGAUCUUCUCUGCUGGCUCUUACUUGGCUGAUGGUAUCCUCACUGUCAUCACUCUUGUUCAAUACUAUAAGUUUCCUGAUCAGUUGCUGAGGCGGAAUUUCUACAACCUGCUCGUCGUUUUGAUCGGAUCUCAGAUAGUCAGUGUCGUGGUUUUCAAGUUGAAAAUACCUGUCGAGCAGCAGCCAAUCCAAUCUGCGCUCUUCUUCCCGCUCAUACAGCUAUGGAACUUGGCUCGACAUCCAAAAGCGUCCAUCGACCGACGAGAGAUGAGCACCAAGAGCACGCUCUUCAGCAUCGUUAUGCUGACCGUCAAGUCCAGCCAGGCACUCGCGAUCGAGUAUGAUGCCAUCUACAAAAAGAGGCUCUCUUCACCCGGUAACUCCUCCAUCUCACCUGUUCUCAUCCUCGGGAUCAUAGCCACACUGGUCUCCGGAGCUCUGAAUGGAAGCAUUGCGGUGGCGUCCAAAACAACCAACGCAAACUCGUGGAAGAAGAAAGCUGGCGUAGCAAUCCUCGCAGGCCUUCAUAUUGGAUCAGCCAUCCUGCUGAAUGCCAUCUCUUGCUCGGUCUUCGUGAUCACGGGAGUCUCAUACUUUCCCUUCGUGAUCGUCCUUCUCUCCACCAGCGGCAUCCUCCAGUGGCUCCUCUUCUGGCUAGUUCUCACACGGGGACCCAAGAUAAACCUCAAACAAUACACCCGGGCAGUGAUCGCGGCCUUCAUGAGCUCCUGUGCUUCGCCACUCUACGUCCUGGCCCACGAUGCCCACGAACACAAGGAGCUUGGCACUCGACGCUACCGGAUCAAGCUCCUGUUCAUGGGAAUCGUCAAACUGGCACCGGAAGUAGCGUCCUGGAUCCUUCUUUUCCAGAGGCCCCGGCCACAGAUUGCCAACGCGAUGUUCUUCGCUCGCCUGGGAUUGGCACAGGCGACGUAUUUCGCCUCUGGGAUCGCCAUUCCCUGGCUGGAUCAUCGCUGCGGCCCCGUCCCCAGUGGCCAUGCAGAGACCGCAGCGAUGGAGAUCAAUGCUGCCGGCGUCGUCCCGGGCGAGCAAGAUUUCGACCGUCCUGCGAUCGACCUCGUCCCCAGCAAGCAAGAUUUCGACCGUCCUGCGAUCGACCUCGUCCCCAGCAAGCAAGAUUUCGGCGAUCCUGGGCAGAAUUUCGUCGAUCUUGUUGUGGCAGAAGCUCCCAAGCUGGAGAAAUGA